AUGGCAACACAGUCGGGAUCCCCUCAACCUUCAAACACGACGCCGAUUCAGCUGCAGUUCGACAUGCCAAACACAUCGGCGCCGCUGAGUGCAGAAGAGGCUGCACGCACAGUCGAAGAAGCAGUGCAAUGCCGGAAGGAGAAUCCGGAAGGGCUGCAGGAUGGCAACGACAUCACGACGACGAAGAAGAAGGACAGUGAGGGAAUUUCGAAGAAGCCGGCAGCCCAGCCUAAAGCGGCGGCCAAGUCCGCUACAAAGGCGAAGGCCCAGCCUAAAGCGGCGGCUAAGUCCGAGGCAAAGGCGAAGGCCAAGGCCAAGGCUAAAGGUUCAGGCAAGGGGUGGACGGUUGAGAUCCGAAGGCGCCGGACGGGGGCGAGUGUGGGCCAGCCGGACACGUAUUAUCAUGCCCCGGACGGCAGGAUUUUCCGCACCAGAAGUGAAGCCAUUAACUAUGGCUAUGUAAUUUUGGAGCUGUUGCCAGAUGAAGAGGAUCAACCCGCGACCUCCAGAGGAGCACUGAAACGGAAACGGGACAAGAAGCUGGAUCUAAACACACCGUACGGCCCCCUGUGGAAACAGCUGACUGGUUUCAGCAUGACACAAGGGCCGCCCCUCACGGUCACUUACCUCGACCCGGUGGCGCUGCUCUGGACAGCGUGCCAACAGGGGGGUGGGUUUCAGGAGUUCCUCAGGGACUGCGCACAAAGAUGCACUUCCAGUCCUGCGCGACCUUGGGAUAUUAUCCUCUACGUGGAUGAAAUAUCACCAGGUAAUCAAUUGAAGCCGGUGAACGAAAGGAAACUUCAGGUGGUGUAUUUCUCGCUGAAACAAAUGGGUGGCUUGGCGCUGAGCAAGGAGGACUCAUGGUUCGUACUGACUGCAGUGCGUUCCAUUGAUGUCAAGCGGCUGAGUGAUGGGAUGACUCAGCUCAUGAAGAGGAUUUUUUCCAUCUUCCUCCUGGACCGGCGAGAUGAGCUGCUACACGGCAUAAGUUUGCCUAUGCCCAAUCAACAGCAAUGGAUGCUCUGCCUCUUGAUCGCCGACGAGGCAGCACUGAAAUCUGUGUGGGAAGACAAGGGAGCCAGUGGCACGAAGCUCUGCUUCAUGUGCCAGAAUGUGGUUUCCCAUUCUUCAGGGCUGCAUCGCACAGAUUCCACAGGCACGCUGGUGAGCCAUGUCGGCCACUGCAAGGCAGACUUGGUCUUGCACACUGACGCAAGCAUGCAGGACGCUGCUGCUCACCUGGCCCGAUGCAAGCCCGUCAUGAACAAGGGUGCUUUCAAGCUGCGGCAGUUCGCGUUGGGCCUCAACUUUGCAGAACACGGGCCACUUUUUGCACCCGAGCUGGCAAACCUUUUGCAGCCCAUAUCCCUGUCCAUGUACGACUGGAUGCACAACUUUGUUGUGGGUGGUAUUUUCCACGUGGAAAUGACCGAGCUCCUCAAGGUGUUGCACAACCAAGGUAUCUCUCAAUCCGAGAUGAACGGUUUCUUCACUGGCUGCUGCUGGCCGUCGGCCGUUGGUGCCAAAGGUGCAACCGCAAAGAAAAUGUUCGCAAAGAAGGUCACCGAAUUCAAGUCUGGGGCAUCGGAAGCCAUGGCCUUGUACCCGGUACUGCAAGCAUUUUUGCAAGACAAGCUCCCCACGAUCAGGAACAAUGAAGCCCGAGAGUGUUUCCGUUGCUUUUUCAUGCUUUGCGAGAUUCUUGACCAACUGUACAAGACUGCGACGCCGGAGAACGUUGCGACACAAGCGACAAAUCUGGAGCAGAAGAUAUCCUCGCACUUGGAACUCUUCAAGGCAUGUUAUGGGGAGGAUAAGGUUCUCCCCAAGGCCCACAUGAAUAUGCACUUGGGCGACCUCAUGCGAAGGCACUCGUGCCUGCUCUCAUGUUUCGUACAUGAAAGGAGACACAAAGAGCUCAAAAGGUACGCCAACAACCUGCACAACAUGCAACCCGGAUCGGAGAAGCACGUUCUGGAGCUUGAACUUGAAGAACAUUUACGAAACUUGUCCGAGUUCUCAGAAAAACGGACGGGGCUGUUGAACCCGAAGGACGCUGGCAGCGUUCUGCACACUGCAUUCAACGAUUUUUACAACUUGGCAGCCUCUCCCGGACUGCAAACGUCCGUUAGCUCUUACGUGGGAAGCGGCCGCUUGUGCAAGCGGGAAGAUGUCGUGGUCGUUGGCGGUCCCAACGGCCAGGAAGUUGCGCAGGUAUGGUUUCAUGUUCUUUUCCAGGGCAACACCUACACUUGCCUGUCUGAGUGGCGCAACCUGGGGCGGAAUCGCUUUCAAGUCCGUCAGGGCGCGCUGCACUCGCAGAAUGCUGUGCAGGAGAAGUUCGCACAGCCAGCAAGUCGACUCGGCCAGGCUGUUUGGCACACCCGUGUGCAUGAAGACUACGAAGGCGCUGUCCUGUCUGUUGAUGGUGAUCUGCGUUUCGCGUCUCAGCACCAGUUUCGCAAGCAUGCUCAUCACCGCGGAGUUGUCGGCGAUCAGGUUGCCCUUGUUGCCGCCCUUGCGGUAUUCGGCCUGAUGCUCGUCUCCCUUCGCGCCAUCCAGCUGUUCGUCCUCCAUCUUCCUCGCGAACAUGCCCCAUGGCGGAGAUCCUCGGGCACCAUGUCUCCAGGAGUUCCAGCUCCUUGCGAGAAACGCAACCCGACAAUCGAGCCGGUGAAGGUGAACGGUACGGGCAGCACUCCAGCAAAUGCUGGUGCUAUGCACGAGCCUGCUGGUGGUGGCGAGGUAUCAUGCUACUCGGAAGUUGGCUCCGGAGUACCAAAGCCCGACGAUGGAGAUCGGGAUGCGAACAGAGGCGGCGUAGGCUGUUCGGAAAAGACUGCAUCAGUUGGAGAAGUCGGGAGUAUGGGUUGCAACCGGGACCUUCACAAGGCGGGAGAACAUGCAGAGGAGCGCCCUCAGGCAGAACGGCUCGCCGCUCUGUUCAGUGCGGUUUUAUCCUCGGGUGAGCUGGAUGCCAUUUUCACGGGGAGCAUGCUUAGGCUGGCCUGUCACUGGCAAGCAAGAUCGCCGCAGGGAGGUGACAUGUACAGCCUGUCGGCACGGGAACUGCUGAAUGCUUGGCGCACACAAAAGGCCCUCCUCUACAAUGGUGAAGAAUGCAGCUGGGCAGAGAACAUACCGGAGAUUUCCCCGACCAUCGUGAACUACUGGCUCCUGGCACUUGUGAUCGAAGGGAUCCCGUGUAUCAUCGCCUAUUGCCGGUAUGGCUUCGAGGGCGUCGUGGCAACGCUCGCCACGAGCCUCCUCACAGGAGCAGCUGCUUUUGGUGCUGGUCUGCUUGGUGGCCUUGUCGUCUCGCGGGUUGAAGGAGCAAAAUAUUUCGACACUGGGUUGCUCACGCGCUUUCAGACAGGUUCCUGGGUACUGUUGGGGACGAUUCCCGGCAUGAUGCUCCAGCCGCCCUCGGCUCGGCUCAGAUCUGGAGUCUAG